AUGUGGCUCGCCAAUCAGACCCUGGGUGGUAACUUUUUCCUGUUGGGAAUCUUCAGCCAAAGCUCACACCCUGGCCUGCUCUGCUCACUCAUCUUUGGUAUAUUUUUGAUGGCUGUGGCUGGGAAUAUCAUCUUGAUCCUUCUGAUCCACAUGGAGCCCUGUCUGCACACUCCCAUGUACUUCUUCAUCAACCAGCUCUCCCUCAUGGACCUGAUGUAUAUUUCUGUCACUGUGCCCAAAAUGCUGGUGGACCAGCUGGCCAAAGUAAGAGCCAUCUCCGUCCUUGGGUGUGGGACCCAGAUGUUCUUCUACCUACUGUUGGGGGGUGCGGAGUACUGCCUUUUGGGCGCCAUGGCCUAUGACCGGUACGUGGCCAUCUGCCAUCCUCUCCGCUACUCUGUCCUCAUGAACCACAGGGUCUGUACCCUCCUGGCAUCGGGCUGCUGGCUCGUUGGUUCCGUAGACGGCCUCAUGCUCACUCCCAUCACCAUGACAUUACCCUUCUGCAGAUCCCGGGAGAUUCGUCACUUCUUCUGUGAGGUCCCUGCCCUGUUGAAGCUCUCCUGCUCAAACACCUCACUCUAUGAGAUCUUUAUGUAUUUUUGCUGUGUCAUCAUGCUCCUCAUCCCCGUGACAAUCAUUUCAGGCUCUUACUACUUCAUCAUCCUCACCAUCCACAGGAUGAAAUCAACAGAGGGCAGGAAGAAGGCCUUUGCCACCUGUUCCUCCCACAUUAUGGUUGUUGUCAUCUUUUACGGAGCUGGCAUCUACAACUACAUGCUCCCCAGCUCCUACCACACCCCUGAGAAGGACAUGAUUGUGUCCUUCUUCUACACCAUCCUUACACCUGUGCUGAACCCUAUCAUUUACAGCCUCAGGAAUAGAGAUGUCACAGGGGCUCUGAGGAAAAUGCUGAGAGCAGGGCAAGUAGUAUCUACACAGAGGAUC